UUCAACGAAGAUAGAAAACCUCCAGCGCCAAGCGUCCCUUCUCCGUCGGCUUUUACUUCUCUUUCUCUCGUAGAAGAAUCCGAUCACUUAGAUUCUCCAUUUGUUUCUGCGAGGAUUGUGGAGAGGUAAUAAUCGCAGGCUUGUUCCAUAGAUGGCAUCGAAGCUCCAUCAGCUGCAGACUAAAGCUGUGCAAGCUUCACAAUUUGUUGCUAAGCACGGAACUUCCUACUAUAAGCAAUUGCUGGAGCAGAAUAAGCAAUAUAUUGUCCAGCCACCAACAGUUGAGAAAUGUCAGGAGCUUUCAAAGCAGCUGCUUUACACUAGGCUGGCAAGCAUUCCUGGCCGCUAUGAAUCAUUCUGGAAAGAGCUGGAGGGCGUGAAGCACAUUUGGAGGAACAGGCAAGACUUGAAGGUUGAGGAUCUCGGCAUUGCUGCUCUGUUUGGUCUGGAAUUAUAUGCUUGGUUCUGCGUGGGGGAGAUUGCUGGAAGAGGAUUCACCUUCACAGGUUACUAUGUUUGAAUUAUUAUUAUGCAAUUUGUAUACCUGGGCUAACUAUUCUUGAGAAGGAUGCCAAGUUUAUGAUGUCAUUUUUCAUGCAAAAUUUUGUUUGCUUUAAGAUUUUGUAAACUGGCAGAUCACAGCAAGACAAGACGAGCAUUAUUCCCAAUAAUUCCUGCCCUGCUACAUUUAUCUCUUCUUUAUGAAUGUUUAACUAAACUGUGUCACUUUACUAUA